AUUACGAAAAACUUCAUAAAUCUUGUCGUUCGUUAUACAUACAAUAAUAAUGUGUUGAUUAGUUGUAGUUGUAGAGAACGAUGACUACUGUCUCCUUCCCCUCCGCUCCUUUCAAUCACGAUCGUCAUCUUCAUCGUAAAGGAAGUGUGAAUGAUGAACUGAGCAGCAGCAAAGAUGAUAAUAAUGAUUGGUUUGAAAUGGAAGAAUGUGAUGAUGAUUUUGACUCCCUCUAUGCUGGAGCUAAAAGGAUUGAAGAUCCUAUUGAAGAUCAAAAUCAAAUGCCUUUAGCUUCCCCAAAUCCUCAAGUUCCUGAGACUCCAUUUUCUUCUGCGUCUUUCGAGAUCUUGAAAUGUUACGGUAGGUUUUUCAAGGAUCGGAGCAGUCGUCUAACCAGCAAAACCGAUCGUCUCGAAGUCGCCGGCGGUAAACUGUCGGUGGCUGAAAUUUUGAGGCUCGCCGGAGAAAGGUGCAUCCAAUUCUUCACCCAAAAGGCCGACGGAUUUUCCGCGUUCUUCCAUCCUUACGCCUCCGCUCUCUCCGGAAUUUCCGUUGACGACAUCAGAGACGUGGAGCUCGUUCACCUUCUUCUGGCCGCCGGAGAGGAAGUGAGCCGCCGGCAAUUCCAUCUCGCUACCGGCUUUAUCUCUCGCUGCCGGUGGACUGCGUCCGAUUCCGGCACUCCGGUGCAGAGACUCGCGUUCCAAUUCGCCGAAGCCCUAACGGAGAGGAUAGAGAGGGAAACGGGAAGGUUUAGAGGGAUGAGCGAAGAACGGUUAGCCAGGCGUCGAGAGAGUAUGGCGUUGACUUGCACUCCCGCAACCUUAGCUAGCCACCAAGGACUUCCGUUCAGUCAAGUGAUCCAAUUCGCCGGAAUCCAGGCCAUCAUCGAGCGCGUGAAGAACGCAAGGAAGAUCCACUUGGUUGAUAUCAAUAUCCGGAGCGGAAUUCAGUGGACGAUUCUGAUGCAAGCUCUAGCAGAACAGCACGGCAGUUCUCCGAUCGAGCGAAUUAGGUUAACCGCAAUCGGAUCGGCGGAGAGGGAGAAGAUGGAAGAGUGCGGCAAGAGAUUACAGAGCUUCGCAGACUCCUUGAAUCUGCCGUUUCGAUUCGAUACAGUUUUCUUAUCAGAUCUGAAAGAUUUCAGGGAAGAUUUAAUCCAGGUAGAAGAUGAGGAAGUCGUGGCGGUGCUGGCGAACAUCGUGCUGAGAACAAUGAUCGCACGGCCCGAUUGCCUCGACGGUCUAAUGAGAGGAAUCCGACGGCUUAGGCCGGCGGUGAUGGUGAUGGCGGAAGUGGAAGCCAACCAUAACUCCCCGUCGUUCAUUAACCGAUUCGUGGAGGCGCUUUUCUUCUACGGCGCCUACUUUGAUUGCUUGGAAGAUUGCCUGGAUCGCGACGACCCCUGCAGAAGGACCCUUGAAGGGCUCCAUUUUGGGGAAGGUAUUAGAAACCUGGUGGCGGCGGAGGGAGAGGAGAGGUUCACUAGAAGCGUGAAGAUUGAGGUGUGGAGAGCGUACUUUGCAAGGUUUGGAAUGGCGGAAAUGCAACUCAGUGAGUCAUCUGUGUAUCAGGCUAAUUUGGUGGGGAAGCAGUUUGGAAAUGGAAAUUCAUGCACGCUUGAUAGUAGUGGGAAGGGCCUCAUUAUUGGGUGGAAGGGAACACCAAUUCAUUCUGUUACCUGUUGGAAGUUUUCUUAAUUUCUGUCAUGGCUUCUGAUACACCAAAUUAUU